UCGUAACCUUCUUGUGCCACAGUGUGAAUAUGCGUAAAAUAGAAUAACUCGUAAAAUCGUCCUGUUGGUGAAGAAACUAAAUUUUAUUUCGGAAUAGAGUUUCCUUCGUCGUUAUUCGUUCUCCCUAAAUUCAUUCGCCCAAUUACGUUGAAUAUCAUGUCGACUGAUGAUGAGGAUCAACAGCAGCAAGGAGAAGAGAAACCGUUCGCUGUGGAGCGCGCGAAAACCGGCCGCGCGAAAUGCAAAAGGUGCAAAUGCCCAAUUGAGAAGGGCGAAAUACGGAUCGCUAAGUAUGUGGCGAGCUUCUUCUCGGACGGCAAACUGAUGCCAGCCUGGCACCACGUCACCUGUCUGUUCGAAGCGUUCGCGAAACAGCGCGCCAGCACAAAGAGGAUCGACGAUCCCAUGGAGGAUGUGAAGGGCUGGGAGCAAUUGUCCGACGACGACAAGAAGGUCAUCCUGGACAAGCUGGAGGCAUUUGAAAAAUCCUUUCCGGCUAAGGCAUCGAAGAAAGCUGCAACGCCACGUAAAGCGGCUUCUUCUAAUAAUUCUUCGGGAGAAACAGCGAAGAAGACUUCAGAUCAGAAAAGGAUCGCAACAGAUGAUAAAGAAAAAGACAAGCAGAAGGAUAAGCAGGAAAAGAACAAAGUCCCGUCGAAGGAUGACUCCUUUCGUGAAUUUCGGCGUGUGUGCAGCAACGUCGCCGACGUUGAUGCCUACACCGACAAGACCGCGAUUAUUAAGAGGAUGUUGACAAAAGGAUCACUCGGAGACGGUUUUAAGGGCGACAUCGUGCUCUGGUGCAAACUGCUGCUGCCUGGCGCCGUGAAGAGAAUUUACAAUCUGCAAAGCAAGCAGCUGAUAAAGUUGUUCGCGCGGUUGCUGCUCCAGGACGAGGACGCGAUGCUGGUGCAUCUGGAGCAAGGUGACGUGGCCGAGACAAUCAGCGUGUUCUUUGAAAAUAGCGCUGCCGCGUCGCCUUGUGCCGCGAGCGCAUUGACUAUUCAAGACGUUGAUCUCUUUUUGGAAAAUCUAUCGUUUUUGACUAAGGAGGAGGAGCAGAUCCAGCAUUUUCGAUCUAUUCUUGAUAAAUGUACCGCCAACGAUCUGAAGAUGAUCGUGCGUUUAAUCAAACAUGAUCUGAGGAUUAACGCCGGACCGAAACAUAUUCUCGAGGCGGUCCAUGCGGAUGCGUACAAGGCCUUUCAGAUGUCUCGAAAUCUGGAAACGGUAGUGCGACGUUUUUUGUCGAAUUUGGAAGAAAAAUCAAGCGCUUCAGGCUCAUCUUUAGGUCGAAAUAAAGUGGCUAUCUCAUUGAUGACGCCGGUUUUACCAAUGCUGGCAGAGGCAUGCACGUCUGUGGAAAUGGCGAUGCGAAAGUGCCCGAACGGAAUGUUGUCGGAGGUGAAGUACGACGGCGAGCGCGUGCAGGUGCACAAAAGCGGAAAUGACUUUCGAUACUUCAGCAGAUCCCUCAAGCCGGUUCUGCCGCACAAGGUGAAUCUCUUCAAGGAUUACAUAGCGCAGGCGUUUCCUGACGGUGACGAUCUAAUCCUUGAUUCUGAGGUUCUCAUGGUCGACAAUGAGACCGGACAACCUUUGCCUUUCGGCACCUUAGGAAUUCACAAAAAAGCCGAAUUUAAAAACGCCAAUGUGUGUCUUUUUGUCUUCGACUGCUUAUACUACAACGGCGAGAUACUUAUUGACAAAUCUAUGCUGGAGCGCAGGAACAUUUUGAAGGACAGAAUGACCGAGAUACCAAACAGAAUAACGUUAUCAGAGGUUUACGAAGUGCAUGAUCCGCAAGAUUUAGCAGGAAGGAUUGUCCAUGUGUUGAAAUUGGGUCUUGAAGGUUUGGUCUUGAAAGACAUCGACAGCAAAUACGAGCCGGGCAAGAGACACUGGUUGAAGGUAAAAAAGGAUUAUCUGUGCGGUGGUGCGAUGGCUGAUAGCGCAGAUCUCGUUGUGCUUGGUGCAUGGUACGGCACGGGUAACAAAGGCGGCAUGCUGUCGGUCUUCUUAAUGGGCUGCUACGACAAGAAGCGCGACAAAUGGUUAACCGUUACCAAAGUACACACGGGGCAUGACGAUGCCACUCUAACGAUGCUACAGGAUCAGCUGGACAUGGUGAAGAUCGGCAAAGAUAUGGAGAAGCUACCGAGUUGGUUGCACGCCAAAAAACCCAUGGUGCCGGAUUUCGUGGCGAAGGAUCCCAAGAAGCAGCCGGUAUGGGAGAUAACAGGCGCCGAGUUUACGAACCAGGGAGUGCAUACUGCGGAUGGCAUCAGCAUCCGGUUUCCGCGUGUCACACGGAUCCGCCACGACAAAGAUUGGUCGACAGCCACCACCCUGGACGAGCUGCGUAUUCUCUUCCAAAGGAAGCCCGAGUCCAUUGAUUUCGGCCAUUUGCUCAAUACGAUAACGAAUGUAAAGACUUCUCCGAGGAAGAUACCGUCCGAUCCUGCGAAGAACACAUCGCCGAAGAAGAUUGAGAGCUUGAGAAUCAGCUCCUGGGACGAACCAUCAACAAGUUCCAAGACUGAGUUGCCGGAGAACAUCAAGGAGGAAGUCAAGGAAGUAUCGCUUCUGGAAGGAACCCUCAAAAAACGCAAAAAAACUGAGUGCGACGAAAGAUCGUCUGACAAAGUCCGGUCGGAAAGGAAGAGAUUGAAACGUGAGAUUAAGGAAAAAACGGAGAAUCUUUCGUUAACAAAAUUAAAAAAGGAAGCGAAAUCGAAUUCGAGAACAGAAGGAUCUUUCGAGUCCUCGUUCGAUGCGAGUUCCAUCGAUUCGGACGUCGAGGAUACCAAAUUCAGUAAUGUACUGCAAGACGUGCGAGCGGGUCUCGCACCUGGUUUCGACACAAGCAGGGAGAGGGACACGCGAAGGAUGCUUAAAACACUCGGCGCCAAGAUAGUUACGCUGGUGAACGGACAAGACUCGACGGCGACCCAUGUCAUCCAUACUUGCACGGAAAUUCCGUCCUCGGCUGUCUUUGGGGAGUACGUGGUCUUUCCGCGCACUGUUAGGCACGUGAAUGUGUCCUGGUUGGAGGAAACCGCGGCGCAGUCCAGGAGACAGGAUGAAAUCCGGCACGCGGUCCAGCUGGCUGGGGAUUACUGUGAUUGCCCAUGCACGCAUCGUUAACGCAACAAAUGCAUGCACACGCGUUACGUAUACGAUUUAUUUACAACUCGUGUUUUGUAAAUGUCUUUAAUAAAAUUUGUAAAUGUCAAUAAAAUAUAUGUAAAGCUGUAA